AUGUCCGAUCUGAGCGAUGAGGUGAUGAGUGACGAGGAAUCGGCUGAGAUGUACCGGCAAGUGUUUGGCGAAGGCGAACCCGAGUAUAUGUUUGAACAACUUAUUGAUGGCCCCAAUGUAGAGCAAUUCGAUAAUGAGAAGGAACGAGAGGAUACGAAUGAGAAUAUGGUGGAUUCAAGGGCAGCACGACAGAUUUCUCGAGGAUUGCCUACAGUGAAAAAGCUCACGAUCAAGAACUUCCGAAGAAAGAAUGACGACAUAGCCGAUUUGAUGGCAACUGGAUGGCUUACUCUCGAAGCGAGCAUAAAUGCUAUUCAGACUAAACAACAUGUCACUACGAACUUGGAACAGCUGUAUAAAGUGGUGGAAUCGUUGUGUGAAAAUAAAAUGGCAAGAACCACAUAUGACAAGCUGUUGGACAAUAUCCGCAAGUGGAUUGGUCGAUUUAGGAACGAAUUGAGUGAAAAGUGCGUAGCUGGUGGAGUGGAGUUUAUGAAGGCGAUAGAGAAUCUUUGGAGUGAUUAUUGUGAACAAAUGAUUCUUAUUCGUAACGUAUUCUUAUACCUUGAUAGAACUUUCAUUCUAGAAAACAUUGACGAAUCACCCAUUUGGGAGUCAUCUUUGGUAAUUUUUCGUGAGGAAAUUAUACUGCAUGGCAGUGUACUGAAAAAGUUGGUCUCUGGAAUUUUAGAUAGAGUUGCCGAAGAAAGGGCUGGAGAUCAGGUGGAUCGUUAUUUAUUGCGAGCUCUCCUUCGAAUGUUGCGAACACUUGAUUUAUAUAAACAGGUAAACCUUAUCGUCGCUCCAAGCUCUUCGAUAGAUGAAAUUCCUUUCAAAGCACGAGGCGUUCAUUAUACUCAUGAAAACUGUUGCUUUUUGUUACACGUUGAACGUCGAAUCAAAGAAGAAAAUGAGCGAGUCGAUCUUUACCUUGACGAAAGCACUCGAACGCCGCUGUUGACGAGAGCUGAAAAAUGCCUUAUAAGUGAUCAUAUGCAGGAAGUCGUCUCUCGGUUGUUACCUGAACGAACAAUCGCUGUGAGUGAUGUGUCACGACUGUAUUCUCUCCUCAGUCGGGUCGAUGGAGGGAUUGCCCUGCUCAAGACAGGAUUUUCAUCGUAUAUCAAGAAGGUUGGAAAGUCCAUGAUCAUGGAUCCUCAACGAGAUCCAACGAUGGUUGAGGAUUUGAUGACUUUCAAGGAUAAAUUAGAUGUUUUUGUCGAAACUUGUUUUGGAUCCGGUGAUGACAAGAUGAAAUUCGCUCAGGCUGAAAAGGAUGCGUUCGAUUACUUUAUUAAUACUCGCGGGAAUAAGCCAGCUGAGUUGAUCGCUAAGUUCAUGGAUGCGAGAUUGCGUAGCGCGAAUAAAGAGGCUUCAGAUGAGCAGUUAGACCAGCUGAUGAACAAAGUGAUCACCUUGUUCCGCUUCAUCCAGGGAAAGGACGUGUUCGAAGUGUUCUACAAAAAGGAUUUAGCCAAGCGGCUGCUUCUGGGUCGAAGUGCUUCCGUUGACGCCGAGAAGAUUAUGUUGAGUAAGCUGAGACAAGAUAGUGUGGUGGCUGGUUUCACGGCCAGGAAACUGAGGGAAUGUUCCCGGGAUAUGGAGUUGUCGAAAGAUCUCGGAGUUGCCUUCAGAAAUUACAUUCAACAUGAGAGCUCGUUAGGACGAUUUGACGAAUGCGUCGAGUGCAGUGUGAAUGUGCUUACGAUGGGACAAUGGCCAGCAUACGACAACAUUCAGCUUUACGAAAGUUUUUUUAAUCGAUUCGCGACAAUCACUGGACGAAACUCCAAAUGGCAACCUCGCCUUGGUCAAUGUGUUUUGAAAGCCAACUUCCGAAGAGGGUGCCAAAAGGAGUUGAAAGUGUCUCUGUUUCAAGCGAUUGUAUUAUUGCUCUUCAACGAUCAACCAUCAUGGACUGCUGCGGAUAUUAUGAUGGCUACGAAAUUAGAUCAGAAGGAGUUCGUCCGCACAAUGGUUUCACUUUCCGUGGCUAAAAUACGCGUUCUCGUUAAAACUCCCAUGAACAAGGAGAUCAAGGAUGAUGAUGUAUUCACGGUGAACACAGACAUCAAGGAAAUGCGUUUCAGAAUUCGUAUUUCUGAAGUUCAAAUGAAGGAGACGGAAGAUAGAAAUCCACAAAGGGCCGAUUUGAAGAGGAGUCAAUCAAGAUCGUCCAGUAUAAAUAGAUGCACAAUCGUUCGUGAUCGUGGAUUGAAGACAGCAAAAACUCAAUCAUCAGCUUUGCUGAUUCUCAGAAUUUAUAUUGCCACAGUUACAGCGUAG